AUGGCUGAGGGGUGGCUGAACAGCCUGCAGGCAGGCAAGGACAGAGGGCACACGGGCAGCGUGGGGGACUCGCAUGAUCUCAACGACAGCCUGACCAGCCUCAUGUGGCUGUGUGACUUCUCCAUCGUUGGGAUCGCCCUGGACGAGUCCUCCUGCUGCCCCAGUGGCCCAGACCCGCACAACGGUCACAAGGUCCCCAGCUUUGCCCCACCGUGCUCACCCACGACCUCUGACACGGCGUGCAUGGGCAUAUCACACACCCCUUGCCCUGCCAGCUCCUCUUACACCUCGAGCACAGCCAACCACCCCGUGGCCGUGCACCCGCAGCUCGCGGGGGACAUUGACUACAAGACCAACCCGCACGUCAAGCCACCCUACUCCUAUGCCACCCUCAUCCGCAUGGCAAUGGAGGCCAGCAAGAAGCCCAAAAUCAGCGUGUCCGACAUCUACAAGUGGAUCAUGGACAACUUCUGCUACUUCCGACACGCUGAUCCCACCUGGCAGAGCUCCAUCCGGCACAACCUCUCCUUGAAUAAGUGCUUCAUCAAGGUGCCCCGGGAGAAAGGCGAGCCGGGGAAAGGCGGCUUCUGGAAGCUGGACCCCCAACACGCCGGCCAGCUCGAGAACGGUGCCGUCAAAAAGCGGAGGGCACCCCCCGUGCAGAUCCACCCGGCCUUCACCAACGGGGCCCAGCCCGGAGCACCGUUUGCCACCAGCUCAGCUGCUCCGGCUUGCACCUCCAGCAGCAUCCUCACUGUCAACACCCAGUUGCAGCAGCUGCUGAAAGAGUUUGAAGAAGUCACCGGUGGCCACAACGCGAAUGCGGCGGACGGCAAGGCAGGGCACAAGCGCAGGCACAGCUCGCCCAAGAGAACAGCCAAGGUGCCUCGGCUUUCCAGCUCGGCCUUGCUGACUCGGGAAGAGCAGACCGAGCUGGGGUCGCUGGAAGGUGACUUUGACUGGGAAGCCAUUUUCAACACCAGCCUGGAUGGAGACUUCUCUGCUUUGGGGGACCUGGACCUCAUGCCUGCCAUCAGCCCCGUAACACACAACCUGGACCUGGCGGUGCACGGGGACCACGUCGACUGUCCCCAGGGGCAGGAGCAGGUCCUCACUGAGUCCAACAAGAACAUCCUGGACUUGGACGAAACCUUCAUGGCCACUUCUUUCCUGCAGCACGCCUGGGAUGAAGGGACAAAUGAUUACCUCUCCAGCUGUGCCAACAUGGAGCAGUUAUUUGACCUCAACGAUGCCGCUCUACUAGCAGAUGAGCAUGGGCCAGGCUGA